GAUCUUAACAACUUAAUUGAAAUGAUACGUUUAUCGUCGUCAUCUGGAACAUGGAACAGCUUCUGCUGGCGAGCAAUUCCUUAUUUGGAUAAUCGAAAUCAUACUUCUUCAUUUCUCAACUUUCGGCGAGAAAGUAUUAUCAGCUUUCAGCACUCUUUUUACGUCGCUCCGUCCAACAAAGAUAUUGAGUCAGGAAGAUGGUAUCCAAAGCAUAUCACCGACUUGGAUUAUAUCUGUGGCAGAGUUAUUAUGUACGAUCCAACCAGUUCCUCGGGACUGAGCACGAGUCACCCUAGCUUUAAAGACAAGGAAUAUCGGAAAAGGCGAGAAUGGUUUUUGGAAAUUGCAAAUGAUUAUAAACAUGGGAUACCAAUACCGCGAAUAAACUACACAACAGUCGAAACAGAAACAUGGCGUACAAUUUAUCGUGACCUGAAAACAUUGCAUAACAAAUUUGCAUGCAAAGCAUUUUUGGACAAUUUUAAAUUGCUCGAGGAACAGUGCGGCUAUUCAGACAAUGAAAUUCCACAGCUGGAAGAUAUUUCGAAAUACCUCAACACUAAAACUGGCUUCACCCUUCGUCCGUGCGGUGGAUAUCUGACUUCUCGAAAUUUUCUAGCUGCAUUGGCAUUUCGUGUGUUUUGUUGUACGCAGUAUAUGCGCCACCAUACUGAUCCACAUUAUACGCCUGAACCAGAUCUAUGCCAUGAACUGCUCGGACAUAUGGCCAUGUUUUUGGAUCCGAUAUACGCGCAACUCAGCCAAGAAAUUGGAAUUGCAAGUCUUGGCUCCUCUGAAAAAGAGUGUAGCGCUCUGAUACGGCUUUAUUUCUUCGCAUUUGAGUUUGGUCUGUCAGCUGAAGGUGAAAAAUUCGACGAAAAGAAACGAAAUUUGAAGGUUUAUGGCGCCGGAUUGCUAUCCUGUUUUGAUGAGCUGAAGUUUUGUAUGUCACCCGAUGCUAAAAUUUAUCGAUUCGAACCAAAUGAUGUGAUUGAAAUGGAGCCUGAAAUUACCAAAUUCCAAAAAGGCUAUUUUUAUUCAGGGACCAUUAAUGAAGCAUUUCAGAAAAUAAGGUCUUACAUUUCAACGAUUAAAAAAUCAUUUUUAUUCCACUACGAUCCGCUCACGCAAUCAAUAGAAAAGAUAAUGGAUGAUAGACAUGGGUGAAAUGAGAACUCAGUUUUAUAUAUAGAAUUGUUCGAUCAUCGUUUGGUGUGCAAAUGGUGCAGAAAUGUGUAAAAUAACUUUUUAACUAACUCUUAUCCUUAUCCUCUAAGUCAUCUUUGUUCCCUUCUCAAAUGACUUCCUUCGAUAAAAUUUGUAACAUUAAUGUUGGAUUCGUAAUACCGUCAUAUUAUUGUAACAAGACACUUAUUAGGUUUCGCC